AGGGGGAGAGGGGAGGGGGGACAAACAUGGCCGACGAGGCAGGGGAGGUAAACACAGCUGUAGAGGAUAGCGAAGCAGAACAACAGCUAGAUGAGCCCGAAGUUUCAGAAGCCGCGCCCGAGGCCGAGUCCGGCAGCAGCGACGGGCAGGAGCGGACGGAGAAGCCAGCUCCCGCCGCGACGGAGAACAGCUGGUCGGCUCCUAUCUUGUCUCUGGCUCGGAAGGCCACGGAGACGAUUAGCAGCGGGGUGAGCUACGCUGCUGCCCAGAGACACCCCUCACAGGGAUCCGCUCCGAGCUCUCCGCUGGAGAAAGAGCCCGAAAAUGAGCUCAACAACACUUCAAGGAAACUUCCAGUUCUGCCCCCCAAAGACCCCAUGGCAAUAGAAAGGUCCAACCUCCUCAGCAUGAUGAAGCUGAGCAUCAAAGUAUUAAUUCAGUCCUCCUUAAGUCUGGGCAGGACGCUCGAUUCAGAUUACCCUCCUCUGCAGCAGUUCUUUGUCGUCCUGGAGCACUGCCUCAAACAUGGGCUGAAAGUCAAGAAAUCCUUCAUUGGUCAGAACAAGUCCAUAUGGGGACCUCUGGAACUGGUUGAGAAGUUGUGUCCAGAGUCUGUUAACAUUGCCACAAGUGCCAGAGACUUGCCCGGCAUAAAGACCGGCCUGGGGAGAGCAAGGGCUUGGCUGCAUUUAGCGCUCAUGCAGAAGACAGUAGCUGACUACAUGAAAGCUUUGCUGGACCGCAAAGAUCUCCUGAGUGAGUUUUAUGACUCUGGAGCAUUGAUGAUGGAGGAGGAGGGGGCAGUGAUAGGGGGACUGCUGGUGGGCCUCAACGUAAUUGACGCUAACCUCUGCAUUAAAGGGGAGGAUCUUGAUUCUCAGGUGGCAGUCAUCGACUUUUCUCUUUAUCUGAAAGACACUGCCAACAGUGAGACUUCAAAAGACGAUGCCAAGAUGACAGCCAUUUUGGAUCAGAAGCACUACAUUGAGGAGUUAAAUCGUCAUCUAAGCGGCACCGUCACUGACCUUCAGGCUAAGAUGGAAUCUAUUGAGAAGACCAACAGCAAACUUGUAGAGGAGCUGACGGCAGCGACAGACAGAAUCAACUCUCUGCGGGAAGAACAGGAACAGCUAAGAAAGGAGAAUGAGACGAUCUUGCAGUCCAGCCAGAAAAAGGAAGAGGCAGCCCUUCAGGACAGCCAGGUUGAGCUGGAGACGUACAAACAGACUCGACAGGGCCUGGAUGAGAUGUACAACGUGGUUUGGAAGCAGUACAAAGAGGAAAAGCGCAUUCGCCAGGAGCUGGAGCGUGAGUUGGAGCUCCAGGUGGGCCUGAAGCAGGAGAUCGAGGUGGCCAUGAAGCUGCUGGAGAAGGACACACACGAGAAACAGGACACGCUGGCAGCCCUGCGGCUCCAGCUCGACCAAGUCAAGACUCUGAACCUGCAAAUGUUCCACAAAGCUCAGGACUCAGAACGAGAGGCAGAAAAAAAGCAGGCGGAGGCUGUGCAGCUUGAGCAGAAGAUGGAUGAAAUGGAGAAAGCCAUGAUGGAACUCGAGCAGAGACUUCAGAACUCGGAGCAAGAGCGCAAACAAAGCGACCAGUCAGACAAAGAUAUGAGGGUGGAGCUGGAAGGAAAGGUGGAUGCUUUGCAGAAACAGCUGUCUGACCUGGAUACACUAAGGCUGGGUUUGGAGAAUGAGCUGCGCACUGAGAGGGAACAGAGACAAAGCCUGCAGAAAUCUCUCCAGCGGGAACAGGACAACAGCAUAGAGCUCCGCACACAGCUGCAACAACUCCAGGGCCUGCACACGGAGCUGCAGGAUUUGAAGCACGAGAAGCAGCAGCUGCAGCAGACGUGUGAGCAGCAGGAGCAGGCUCUACAAGAGAUGGGACUGCAUCUCAGCCAGUCCAAACUUAAGAUGGAGGACUUCAAGGAGGUCAACAAAGCUCUGAAGGGCCACGCCUGGCUGAAAGAUGAUGAGGCCACUAAUUGCAAGCAAUGUGAGAAGGAGUUCUCCAUUGCACGCAGAAAGCACCACUGUAGAAACUGCGGAGACAUCUACUGCAACAGUUGUUCCAGUAACGAGCUGGCCUUGCCCUCCUACCCUCGGCCUGUGCGGGUGUGCGACAGGUGCCACUCCCUCCUGCUGCAGAGAAGUUCGUCCACAGGUUCCUGACAAAACCCCUACAAGCUUCAACGUUUCUACGAGAGCUUUCUAACACUGCACAUACUCAUCCACUAUGAUUUUUAACGACUCGUGUUUGAAAAAUGUCAUCAAAUCUUGGGGGAAAUGUGAUUUGGUGUUCCAUUUCCACUGUUACCUGAAAUUCAGGAACAUUAGUAACAUCUGUAUUAAACAAGGGGCCACCUUUUAACACUGAUGAAAUGAGCGAUGUGUGUCAAAGGGAUAGUUCACCCCAAAAUCAAAAAUAUAUGUUUUUCUCUUACAUGUGGUGCUGUGUAUCAAUUCAGAUUGCUUUAGUGUUAACUGCAGAGAGUUGGAAAUAUUGGCAGUCUUGAAUAUGUCUCUGACACACCAAGCCAAUGGUCAGCUUGUGUUUACUGUUAGCACAAGUCAGCACUUGUCGGCUGCAGAUUCAGCAUGUUAAAUUUGUGUCAGAGCAGCAGCUCAGCUCAAUGCAUGAGAACAGAAACAGAAUUGAGGAAGGCAAAUUAACAGCUAGAGUCAAGAGGGCGAGAGAUGUUAACAAAUGUUGGGUAAGAUCAUUUUUUUAGCCAAUUAGCUCUUCAGCAGAAAUGGUUCAUAAUGGGUUGUUAUUGUUCGCUAGCACAUGGUAAAUAUCCUUUGUUAUUUUAACAGUGGGUUGUUUUGUUGUAGUGCUUAAGGGCUAACUAGCUUGACUUGAUGUCAAGCUUCUUGACUACGUGAUGUCAGUCUUCGGUUUCCCUUUUUUGAAUGAUGAAUAUAGACUACCGCCACCUGUUGGUAUGGAGAGUUAUUUCCUGUCACGCAGGUGCAGAACAUGCAUGCCAGUUAGCCGUCUUAGUUUUAGUUAGCGGUUUUAGUUGUAUGCAGUGAAACGUAAUGGUUGACACACAGGUGACAUCAGGUGACAACAGUUGGCCUUCAUUGACACUAAUUCUUUAAUGUCUUGCAUUUCCUCAUGGACGAAAAGCAUCCUCCUUGGCUGAGCUGUAAUGUUAGCUUGCUGAGUCAAACUAAGAUGCCCACCUCCUUAUGUGGUGGGUGUAGUUUGACAGAAAGAAAAUAGUUCCUACAUGAAACUGCUAGCAAGGCCUGUGGAUUAUCAUGAGUAACCGAGUCGUGAUUUCUGGAAAGAGACAUUGAGUCUUCAAAUAUAUUUGUUAGUGCUUUGAGCACCACAAGCCUAGUGUCAUCUAGUUCCAUUAUAAUCCCAGAGAAGGCAGCCUUGUCUACAGCUGAUAUCUCAAACACUCAGCAACAAGAUUGAUAAAUAGAACUACAGGUGAGAGGAAAAGAAUUUGUAUUUUUGAUUUUGGGGUGAACUGUCUCUUUGAAGAUACUCAAGGUAGCCUGGAGGUUGAAGUAGUUUAGAAUAUUUAUGUGAUCAGUGUUUCUUUGGGCUGGAAUAACAUCAGUUUUACAAUUUGGCAUCAUAAACUGACCAUUUUUAGUGUGUAACUUUUCUAAUUCAAACCGUGGAUGUAGAUUAUGUUGAGAUCCAUCAAGGUUCCUGUUGGUUUCUGAGGGUCACUUGUGUGAUCUUUAGUAUGAACUAUUCAUUGUACUUCACUUUGAUAUUAUUCCAACUUGUCAUACAUCUACUCUGUAAUAAUUUUCACAGCUACAGCCCCACUGCUGGACACAUGCAAAAUUAUUGUGUAAAUGACUGUAGAAUGUUAACAAAUCUAACUAUUUUAGAAUGUAUUAUUACGACAGGGUUUUGCGGAUUGUGUCAACUGCUACAAAGCCAUUUUCUUAAUUAAUUUGGGAAUGGUGACCAAAAGUUUUUUAUCUAGAUAUUUGAUAAAUGAAUAAAACCUCCUUUUUUGCAA